AUAUUAAGUUUAUCAUUUUCUUUAAUAAGUAUCCUAACAACAAUUAUUUUUAUAUUUAUAAAUCAUCCAUUAGCUAUAGGAUUGAUAUUACUUAUUCAAACUACUUUAAUUGCCUGCAUUAUUGGAUUAAUAAUAAAAACAUUCUGAUUUUCUUAUAUUCUAUUUUUAACAUUUCUAGGAGGAAUAUUAAUUCUAUUUAUUUAUGUUACUUCCUUAGCUUCAAAUGAAAUAUUCUCUUUUUCCUCUAAAAUUUUAAUUAUUAUUAGAUCCAUUUUAAGAAUAAUAAUAAUUAUAAUAAUAAUUAUAGAUAAAUCAAUCAUUAUAUUUUUUAUUAAUAAUACAGAAAUAAGUGAAUUUUUUAACUUAAAAUUUUUAUUUAAAGAAAAUUAUUUAAAUUUAAAUAAAUUAUAUAAUUUUCCCAUAAAUCUGAUUAUAUUAAUAAUAGUUUUAUAUUUAUUAUUAACUCUUAUUAUUAUUGUAAAAAUUACAAAUUUUAAUUCAGGACCUUUACGUGCUAAUAUUUAA